UUGGGUUUAGACAAAACGUUGGGUUCAGACAAGACGGUCUUGUCGUUUUUUUUUGGGGAUUCAGACCAGCCAUCGUAGGAGGAAAUGGCAGGUCUCCCUGAUAAUACGACGAACCCUGUCUAUCAAAUUGACGAAUCGCGUUAUGGAAAAAUCGUGUGUUAUGAUCAAUCGCUUCUCUACGAGAAGAGAGAACAAAAGGGAUGGGAGAGUGGAAGCACGCUCGCAUCUUCCCUUCCGUUUUUCAUAACACAACUCUUUGUCGCGAAUCUUAGCUACCGUGUCAUCUACUAUUUAACCCGACCCCUUUAUCUUCCUCCUUUUGUAGCUCAGAUCCUCUGUGGGUUAUUGUUUAGCCCAAGUGUGCUUGGGAACACAGAGUUCAUAAUCCAACAUGUAUUCCCCUACAGAUUCACAAUGGUUCUUGAAACAUUCGCAAACUUAGCUCUUGUCUACAACAUCUUCCUCCUUGGUCUAGGUAUGGACCUUAGGAUGGUGCGGAUUACCGAGCUCAAACCUGUCAUCAUUGCCUCUGCGGGACUUCUUGUUGCCUUACCGGCUGGUGUCUUCCUCUACUACCUUCCCGGAAAUGGCCACCCAGACAAGAUCAUCUCCGGUUGUGUCUUCUGGUCCAUCGCGCUAGCCUGUACCAACUUCCCUGACCUUGCUAGGAUCCUUGCAGAUCUCAAACUCUUGCGGUCUGACAUGGGCCGUACGGCCAUGUGUGCAGCCAUUGUUACUGAUUUGUGCACUUGGGUCCUCCUCAUUUUCGGGUUCGCUUCUUUUUCCAAAGCAGGGACAUGGAACAAAAUGAUGCCGUGGGUGAUACUCACCACAUUCAUGUUCGUCCUCCUUUGCAUCUAUGUGAUCCGUCCGGGAAUUACAUGGAUUUUCGCCAAAACCGUGAAGGCAGGUCAAGUCGGGGACACCCACGUUUGGUUCAUUUUAGGAGGUGUGGUUCUAUGUGGCCUGAUCACAGACGCAUGUGGGGUCCACUCCAUAACCGGGGCAUUCCUGUUUGGUCUAUCCAUCCCUCACGACCACAUCAUACGUAACAUGAUCGAGGAGAAGCUCCAUGACUUCCUCUCUGGAAUCCUCAUGCCUCUCUUCUACAUCAUUUGUGGGUUACGAGCUGAUAUUGGUUACAUGCUCAAAUUCACUGACAAGUUCAUGAUGACUUUAGUCAUUUGCUCUUCCUUCUUAGUAAAAAUCGUUACCACUGUGAUCGUUUCUUUAUUCAUGAAAAUGCCUACUCGUGAUGCUCUCGCUAUCGGAGCUCUGAUGAAUACCAAGGGAACUUUAUCACUUGUCGUCCUUAACGCCGGUCGUGAUACCAAGGCGCUGGAUAGUCCAAUGUACACUCAUAUGACGAUCGCGCUUCUAGUGAUGUCACUAGUGGUCGAGCCACUUCUCGCAGUCGCAUAUAAGCCCAAGAAGAAACUGGUUCACUACAAGCACCGUACGGUCCAAAAGAUCAAAGGAGAAACAGAGUUUCGCGUCUUAGCUUGCGUCCAUAUUCUCCCCAACGUCUCUGGGAUCACCAAUCUCUUACAAGUCUCGAACCCGACCAAACAAUCACCUCUCAACGUAUUCGCCAUUCACCUCGUGGAGCUCACUGGUCGAACCACGGCCUCGCUGCUAAUCAUGAACGACGAGUGCAAACCGAAAGCAAACUUCUCGGACAGAGUCAGAGCAGAGUCCGACCAAAUCGCUGAAACUUUCGAAGCCAUGGAAGUGAACAACGACGCUAUGACUGUUCAAACCAUCACCGCGGUUUCUCCUUACACGACGAUGCACGAAGACAUUUGCGCGUUGGCCGAGGACAAGCGAGUUUGUUUCAUCAUAUUGCCUUACCACAAACACUUGACACCUGACGGUCGGAUGGGAGAAGGAAACUCGUCUCACGCCGACAUUAACCAAAACGUUUUGAGCCACGCGCCUUGCUCGGUCGGGAUUUUAGUUGACCGUGGUAUGGCUAUGGUCCGGUCUGAGUCGUUCCGUGGCGAGCCAAUGAAGAGAGAAGUCGCAAUGCUCUUCGUGGGCGGUCCAGACGACCGUGAGGCUUUAUCAUACGCGUGGAGGAUGGUCGGACAACACGUCAUUAAACUUACUGUGGUAAGAUUCGUCCCGGGACGUGAAGCGCUGAUCUCGGCCGGGAAAGUCGCGGCAGAGUAUGAGAGGGAGAAACAAGUCGACGACGAGUGCAUUUAUGAAUUCAAUUUCAAGACGAUGAACGAUUCUUCAGUGAGAUAUAUUGAAAAAGUGGUCAAUGAUGGUCAAGACACGAUCUCUACGAUCAGAGAAAUGGAAGACAAUAACUCGUAUGAUCUUUACGUUGUUGGAAGAGGAUAUAACUCAGAUUCUCCGGUGACCGCCGGUUUAAACGAUUGGAGCAGUAGUCCUGAGCUAGGCACAAUAGGGGACACAUUAGCUUCGUCGAAUUUCACAAUGCAUGCUUCGGUUUUAGUCAUUCAACAAUACUCUGCCGUCAAUAGACAAGCCGCAGCCGCAGCAGCAGCCACCACUGUUGGAUCGGUCGCUGGAGCCGUCGGUAACAAUCAAGAAUCCAUAGUAGAUGGGGCUAAGACGACUCAUGAUGAUGAGCCAUUUAUGAAGUCUAUGUACGAAGACGAUGGGGAUGAUGAAGAAGAGGAACACAAAUAUGGAAUCCACAGGUAAUGAGAGUUUUAUGCAUUUAUGCUCCUUGAAUCUAUGUUUUUUUUUUCUUUUGAAUUUAUUAGCCAAGAGAAUGUGAAUGAUCUUGAAAAAUGUAAUUGUAUUCAGUUUGGAGAAUUUCCAAUUUUCUCAUUGUGAAACGAUUCAUUUUAAU